AAAAAAUUUUAGUGAGCACUGAAAUGCGGUGCGGACACGUCCUUGUUUGCAUUUUCUGCAUCCUGUUGCUCGGCUUUAACGUGAUGCUGACGAGGUGGAUCUCCGUGGCAAUCCUGAAUGUGAAAAAAUUUCCUGCUGGCGUGAAUUUCGCCAAUACCUCGAAUGAGCAGCGUGAGGACAAACUGAUUGACGAUUUUAUUGCUAAAUUUGGAGGUGAAAAUAACAACGUCACGGACCAACCGGAAGAUUUAGUGGAAGCUGCACAAAACUUUCUUCAAACAAGCACAGCCUAUGAUGGAUACGAGAAUCAAAACUCCACCUCCGCUGAGCACCCAUGUCCAAGCGUCCCGAUUGUCACCGUCCUGGACAGCGGCAGGACAGGAAACAAAAUCUGGGAGUACGCCGCAGUGUGGACGAUAUCUCGUCUCAUGGGCAGACCUGGUUUCGUGCCAGACACCCUGAAGUCCAACCUGAGCCUCGUGUUCAGCAAUCUGAGUCUGCCCGUGCUCGAGCAAGUCAGCCACUGCGACCUUCCGCUGGAAAGGGCGGUCACCCUUCAAGAGCUGCUGCCAUUGACCGAAUUAUUUCACCGCUUCCGAGGUCAGAAUUUGCUGCUGCCGAAAUACAUCGUGUUCCUGGAACCGGUGUUCCUCUACAAGGACCUUCUGCGGCAGGAAUUCACCUUUCGCCCUGAGAUCCUGCAACAGGUGCAGGAAACCAUCACGCAGGCUGGAGGUCAGGGGAAGGUGGUGGUCGGAGUGCACGUCCGACGGACCGACUUUAAACAGUUCCUGCCCAAGGUGUUCAACAGCACCCUGGUUGACGGGACGUAUUACAAGAAAGCGAUGCAGUGGUACCGGGAGCACGUCAAAGGUCCCUUCCUCUUUCUGAUCGUGAGUGACGACUUGGACUGGUGCAGAAACAAUCUGUUAGACCAGAGGGACGUCAGAUUGGCCUCCAAAAGCCCUGAACACGACCUGGCCCUGCUCUGCUCCAGCGACCACACUAUCAUCGACUACGGCACGUUCGGCUAUUGGGGUGCAAUGAUGUCUAAGGGGCACACGGUUUCCUUGGGCGUUCACAAGUACUUCACUCAACGGAUGGCCAAGUGGGCCAACUGGAUCAUUUUGUAA